UGUUGUUUAUUUACGUUCACGCUGACAGCAGCCGACGAUGACAGAUGAAACAGUAUUUGCCUGCUGUCUCUUUCACCCGUAUAUCGGAAAGCGCAAUAAAAACAAUGCUACGGAAACACGGUGUUCGCAAGCAGCAUCUAGAAAUCGCGACACUUCACUCCGCACUCUGAAUUUAGUGCAAAGUUGGUGUCUGUUAUUUCGAACACAUUAACAUUCAGCAUGGGUAGAAAGUACUAUUGUGAUUAUUGUGACAAGCGAAUACAAAACGAUUACAACAUUAUAAAACAGCAUAAUGUAGGUCUCCCGCAUCUUCGAGCCAAAGCAGAAUACUUUCAGCAAUUUAAAGAUCUCGAGCAAAUUCUUGCGGAAGUCAAGCAUAAAGCACCCUGCCGAUCGUUAAAGGACGGGAGUGAUUGCACGUUUGGCGUGCUUUGCCGAUAUCGCCAUUACACGCAGGAACAAAUUUGGGAAAUGCAAAAGUUUGUUAAAAGUAAACAGGACAUUCAUCAGAAACGGUCAGAACGGCUACGAAAGUCCAUGCGCAAUGUAAAGGUGCGUUCGGAAUUGUUCAUUCAAAAACGUUUCGAUCGACCUGCAGUGGAAACAUUACCACCGUCUCUGCAGAGGUUGGAAGACUUGAUGCUGCCUUCAAGCAAAUAAAAUUAGUAUUAAUGAUUAGUAACUCUCGCUCUCUCAUUUGUUUCUAUCACAAUUUACCAAGACAUUCAUUUGGUUUCUGAACAUAAAAAAUAAAAAUAAUUUUAAUGAGUGGCAUGUCCGAGAAUUAAGCUGAAACGCGAUGCAACACACAAACACUAGCGUAUUAACCGACACUGGUAUUUUACUAAAAUACAUUUAUACAAAAUCCGAUAGUGUUUUCUACAUAUGCUCGAAUAAAUAAUCUUCCUAGCUUAAACAAAAAAAAAAA